AUGGCAUCAAGAAUUGUUGUUGAGCUACCUCCAGGUAUAACAUGUGAAGAUCUGAUCGGAGGAGGUACCUCUGGAUUGGCCGCCUUGAUACCUGGCACCGAAACAGUGAUUAAGUUCUAUCAUGGCGACUCCGACGACAACGAGCGGUGCAAAUUGGAGGCCGCGAUUUACGAACACCUCAGCCAAUCGAAGAUAGAGAGGCCACCCUCGCUUCUGACAUACCAAGGCAAGAGUAAAUGUGGCAAAGGAAUACUUCUUAAAUACGCAAGGAACAACUCAAUGCGGCGCUUUCUCAGCGUACCCGAGAAUUCCGUAUCCCAUACUACUAUAUUACGCUGGAUCGAGCAGACUACACUUGCACUGUGUUUCCUCCAUCAGAAUCAUGUCGCUCAUGGAGAUGUCACUUGUGAUAAUCUCUUCUUGGACGAAGAAUACAACGUGCACCUUGGGGACUUCACAAGUGCGACCUGGCCUCUGACAGAUGAGCGGAAAACCGAAGACAUGUUCGAGUUGGGACUUGCGUUUUACGAAAUGUCAACCGGAAUCCGACUCUAUCAUGGGCUGUUUCUGAAUCCAGAUGAGAAGAUGGAGAAGAUUAAGCACAAUGGACUACCUGAUCUGUCAAGGAUAGAACCGAAGAAUGUCGCGGAUCUAAUUGCCAAUUGCCUUCAGUUACAUCACAAGGACGCGGAAGAGAUACUGAGCAGCGUGAGGCAUAUGUCUCCCUGA